AGAGAGAGCGAGAAACGAAAACAACUUUCUUCUCUACUUGCACACAGAAAAAAGCAAGCCUACUGUUUUCGAGGCAGAAGAAAAUCGUAAUCUGACACCAAACUUCAACCUAAGGAAGGAAAGUCAGGAGGAUUGGUGAACUGGAUAAGAGAGAACAGCCUGCCGCAGACCUCAAGCUGCCCUGCAGCCCUGUAAGGGAAAGAGUGGGAGAGGAGGGGUGAGGGAGAGAAAACUGAGAGAGAACAGUCGGGGAAAGAAAGGAGGAGAGGGAAGGGGAGGGUCAAGGAGGAGAAGAUAGAGUGAAAGAAAGAGGAAGACAGGACGGCAGAAGAGAUGCAUUGAGACAGAAAGCUAGAAAGGAGGGAGAAAGAAGAAGAGCUAAGGACAGGGGAGAGGACACCGAGAGCUGGAGUGGGAGGCAUAGAGAGGAGAAAAUAAGAAACCAAAGAGGACUUUGUGAUUGCAAGUGCCAGGGCCACGGAGAGGAAGAUGUCCUGAAUUAAGACGCCAACACAAACUCCGUCCAACUUCUCAAAUGAGCCAGAAAGCAGCACUUCUCAUCUUCAGGCGGAUGGGUGACCUCUUCCUGCCGAUCUGUGCAAGGAGGAGAUAUGAUGAAGAAGAACACUAAUAACUGCAAGAUCAAUAACCAUCAUGCUCCGAAAAACAAUGUCCACGGUGCUCCUACGAAACGCUGGAUCUCUUUGGUAUCUCAGCGCUUUUCGCUGCGGGACUAUAGCUUCUGCAUGGCCACGCUGCUUGUCUUCUGCUUGGGCUCCCUCUUCUACCAACUGAACGGGGGACCUCCUCGGAUCCUCCUGGAUCUCCGCCUGUACCUGGGAAAUUCCACUUUUUUGGAUGAUCAUGGUCCUCCCACACCAAAGGUACUCCCUUUUCCUAGCCAGGUAGUUUAUAACAGAGUUGGGAAGUGUGGAAGCAGGACAGUUGUACUACUGUUACGCAUUUUGUCUGAGAAACACGGUUUUAACUUGGUGACAUCGGACAUCCACAACAAGACCAGACUGACCAAAAACGAACAAAUGGAGUUGAUUAAAAAUGUCAGUACUUCUGAGCAGCCAUAUUUAUUUACUCGCCAUGUUCAUUUCCUCAACUUCUCAAGGUUUGGAGCAGAGCAACCAGUAUAUAUCAAUAUAAUCAGAGAUCCAGUUAAUAGAUUUCUCUCAAAUUAUUUUUUCCGUCGAUUUGGAGACUGGAGGGGAGAACAGAAUCAUAUGAUCCGUACUCCUGGCAUGAAGGAAGAAGAAAGAUACUUGGAUAUCAGUGAGUGCAUUCUUCAAAACUAUGCAGAAUGUUCCAAUCCAAGAUUGUUCUACAUCAUACCAUAUUUUUGUGGACAGCAUCCAAAGUGCAGGGACCCUGGGGAAUGGGCCUUGGAACGAGCAAAGCAGAAUGUGAAUGAAAAUUUCUUGCUUGUCGGCAUUUUAGAAGAGCUGGAAGACGUCUUGCUUUUGUUGGAAAGAUUCUUACCUCAUUACUUCAAAGAUGUUAUGAGCAUCUAUAAGAACCCGGAACACAAAAAACUUGGAAAUCUGACAGUGACCGUUAAGAAAUCGUUUCCUUCUCCGAAUGCCCUGCAGGUGCUAUACCAGCGCAUGAAAUAUGAAUAUGAGUUUUACUACUACGUGAAAGAGCAGUUCCAUUUGCUGAAGAGGAAGUUUGGACUCAAGUCUCACGUGAAGGCCCCGCCCAGCGAGGAGAUUUCAAUCCCAGUCCCUGUGCCCAUGGAGACAGAAGAACCCAUAGAGGAUGAAGAUAGUCAAGAUGACGAGAAGUGGUUAGAGGACAUUUAUAAGAGGUGAUGCACUCAAUGUAGCAUCGCAAUCAUCACGAGUCCACAUCCAUUUCUUAAGCUUUUUUUAUUGUUAAAAAAAAUCCUUAAGGAACAUAGUUAAUGCAUAGUGGCAUUAACACAAAUUCCCACGUUGGGUAUUAGGGAAAUACUGUACCCGAUUUUGCGGGUUUGUUUACUUUUUAUGUUCAGCAGGAUUGAUUAUAGAAAUAUGAAAUGGAAGUAUUGAUUUACGAUUUUGCCAGUAUUUUUUUUUUUUUUUUGCUAGAGAUUACCAGCAAAAUCCAAUAUUAGAGAAUGUUAAUCUUUUAGCAAAGCAGAAGAGAAGGUACUCCCUGAUAUGCACAUUUCGGACUGACAGAUGCUUUAGCUGCUUUGCAACUUGUCACUAAAUCUUUAUGUUCCUGUAUAUUCAAUAACAUUUAUAUUUAUACAAAACUUCUGUAACCUAUAGAAGGUCUAAACUGUGCACUAGGUGGUUUAGUCUUUUUGGCCAAUUCCUAUGCAGUGAGACUAGCCUUUAAAAGGAUAGUAAAGUGCCAACGACCUUGAUACAAGGUUAUGUUUAUGUGUCACCACUAUGAACUGACCCUUCGGGCUACUAGCAUUCACAAACAGACUGCCUAACGUCUGCUUUAAAAUGUAACUGUUACCUGCGUGGAAAAUUCAAAGU